AUGGCUCGCCGCCGCACCGUGACCCCCCGGCGCGCCGGGCGCCUCCUCUGUUGGUUAUGCCUUGGCGCGUUUCUGAUGGUCUGGAUGGCCGUCGUCCUCAUCACGCUGGACCAUCAUAGUCGCCAACUCGGCGUCGCCCACACGGAGCGCGUCGUGAAGCAAUACAUCGUGCGCGAGGAGGAAGCCAUCGUUCGGGGCCACCGAAUCAUCGCCGGCAAGGUCCAGGGCGCGCUCGGCCUGAAGCGCGACGACGACGACGACGACGGCGCCGCCCGGGAGAUGCCCGAGGAGCACGCGGUCGACGACUUCGACGACGACGACGACGACGACGCGGGCGACGACGACGCGGCUCGCGCGGACGACGACGACGCCGCCGCCGCGCGAAAGGCCGCGCGCGACGACGACGACGACGGCGCGGCGCGGCCGGCGGACCGGGCCGCGCGGCCGCCGCGGGCUCCGAAACGCCCGGGCGGCGCCGCGGCGGAUCGUCCGCCGAGCUUCGAGGAGUUCCUCGAGCAGGAGGGCGUCGACCGCGACGUCCCUCCGAACCGCGCCGUCCCGCUCGUGGAGCGCCCGGAGCCGAACCGCGAGCCCCCCGCGGGCGUCGUCGACCACGGCAUCCUCUUUUACGACGACGCGGCGUUCCGCUCCGAGAGCGUCGCGGCCAUGCUCGCGCCCUACGCGCGGACGCGCGGCGGCGGCAGCUGCGAGGCCGACUUCGGCAACGGUUUGAUCGACCGCUGGCGGGACGCGCGGAAGACGUACUGCGCGCCGCGGUCCGACGGGUCCGAUCCCUCGCGGCCGCCCUCGCGCAUCGACUGCUUCCUCCUGAUGCAGACGGGCCACGCGGGCCACGGCGACAACCUGUGCGAGGCGACGAACGUGCGCCUCAACUUCGCGGACUUUGCCGACGGCGCGACGGCGACGAGGCAGUUCGAGCGCUACGUCGCCGCGAGGCACGCGGAGUGGGAGGCGCACGUGUCGUACCGCGAGGGCGCGCUCGCCGCGGACUGCGACGCGGAUCCCGAGCUCUGGCAGGCGAAGCAUUUUCCGGGCUGGAACGCGCACUGGGCCGACGCCUUCGCGCGCGUCGACGACCUGGAGUGCGACGUCUGGGAGGACGCGCCGACGCUCGUCGUCGAGCGCGACACCUUCGCGAACUUGUUCCACGACAGCGAGGACUUCGUGAACGCCUUCAUCGCGCUCGCGGUGCUGCGCUGGUCCACGGCCGACCUGCAGAUCCUCCUCACGGACAUCUACCCCGAGGGGCCCUUCUGGGACAUGUGGUCCAGGGUCUUCAGGGGCACGCGGCCGCCGCUGACCGCCUGGCAGAUCGGCCAAAAGUACGGCGCCAAGAACGUCUGCUUCAAAAAGGUCGCCAUCGGGAUCCUGGGCGCCGCGGCGCCGACGACGCUCCACACGUCGAACACGAGGUGCAAGGCGUCGAGCGUCGUCCGCGCCUACAGCGACUUCGUGAUCCGCGGCCUCGGCCUCCAGGGCGCCGCGCGCUACGCGGCGCCCGACGGGGACCCAAAGGACGUCGUCGUGACCUUCCUCGCGCGCCGGUCCUCGAGCGAGUGGCCCGAGAAGCGCUUCUGCGAUUCCGAGACGUCCUUCUUCGACUGCGCGAAGCUCCAGCACCUGGGCGUCCGCGGCCUCGGGCGCACGAUCAAGAACGACGCGGAGGUCGUCCGCGCGCUGAAAUCCCUCGAGACCCGGUCCUUCGCGAACGGCGCGCGCGUGCGCUUCCGGGACGUCGACUACAACCUGCUGAGCUUCGAGGACCAGAUCAAGGUCGACCUCGACACGGACGUCAUGGUCGGGCCGCACGGCGCGGGGCUGCUCCACAACAUCUUCAUGCCCGACCGCGGCCACCUCGUCGAGCUCGGCAUCGACGGCUCGUCGGGCCUGCGCCACUUCCACAACCUCGCGACGUGGCAGGGCCGCGCCUACACCGGCGGGCCCAUGGCGAACCCGGUCCCCGUCGACCGGCUCCUGGCCGUCGUCGCCGCGGCCGUCGCGGGGCUGGACCUGUCGAAGCCGUACUAA